CCAAUCACAACAUAGGAGAAACCCAUUUGAGGCAUAGCUGUUCACUGCUGUGCUCUGUUCCUAACUGUUUCUUAUAUUCUUAUUUCAAUAAAUUAUUAUAAGGCCGUAAUUCUGGCUCCAGAUCCCAGCAUUCACACUGGGAAUUUUAUUAUUUGUUUAUUAAUACAGGUACGUCAUCCCAAUUUUCAUACUGACGAAAGGCUGUCAGUAAUUUGUCUCAGUAAUCACAUUGUGUGAGCAUCAUGUGAAAAGGUACAAAGACGUGCCUAUCCCCUCCAGCUUUCUGGAACUGAAAUGCCUGUCUAACCUGCUUUCCCCUUGGCACUGUUGGGCACCUGGUGUUUCUGCCAGGUAAUUUAAUAAACUGACACUGGGAAGAUCACCACAGGUACAGUCCCACAUGUAUCUCGAAAGGAACACACAACAUUCACUGGGUCAUUAGAACACAACCACGUAUUUACUGUAGUUGGCUCAUUUAGAACAUUUUUCUUUACCGUAAAUAUGCUAAUGACAGUGGACUCUCGUAUGAAGAGGUCAUAUACUGGGUAGACUGCUCUAUUAGUGUAUUUUUAUUACCUCUCAGUUGUGAUUGGUCUGUUAAUGUGCCACCCUUAUUUGAGAGGAACCAGACUCAUAUAUCUGAUGAAGGUGGUAAUAGUAGUUCUACAUUACUGUAUUGCAUUGUUUAUACUAUGAUUGACAUACUGCUGUCUGAUGGAAUUGUUUGUCCUGGGGAGAAAAAAAAAACUGGAAUUGUGUAAGUUAAGGGCAGAUCCCAGGUGAGCCCCCAUUGCUAUGUUGCUAUCAGAAACUUCUAAUGACCACUGCUAGCAGUUUCAACACAUUAGGAAAAGUCCUAUGCUAUACACGUUCCAUAGAACAUCCCCAUAUUUGUGCUCACCAACACAGUUGAGGUUUACUGGUCUUCUUUUGAAGUACAAUACAUAUACAAAGAUUAUUAAGAAAAUGUCAGUCAGUCAGAACUAUUUUUAUGGUGAAAGCAUGCAACUGAACUCAUAUCAGUUGUGAGUUAAUGGUUGUUGGAGAAAUGGUGUGAGAUAAUGAUAUAUAACUAAUAUUAUGGGAUUUACAAAACCUGAUUUCUGAGUUUAGCUGCAGGGUAACACCACAGCCCCACUGUACGUUAUAUGCAUUCAUCAACUUCACUAUUAUUACACUUAUUCUUUUUUUAAUGGUUCAUGCUGUUUUCUUGAUAUGUGGCAGUAAAUAUAAUGUGUUUUCACUCAAAUAGUAUGACUCAUGAAGCUUCUCAUUUCAUGCAGCUCAGGUCAGAAUUCUGUAUCCCAUCAAUACAGUGUCAUGCUAAUUUGUCCAUGGAAAGACAUAGAUCUGUAAUUAAAGCUGUUUUCUUCUUCUCAUCAAUCUCUCUCAUUCAGUUACUGCAUUCUUCCAAAUGCUGAUAUAUCACACUGCUGAGAUCUCACUCCUACCCUCCCUGCUGAAGCUGUAACUUUUCAGGAAUACAGUGUUUAUGAUAGACUCUAAACCAGUGAGCAGAGCAUUUGCCAGGCUCGGGCCUCGGUGAUGGUGUACGAUGACACCAGCAAGAAAUGGGUCCCGAUCAAGCCAGGCCAGCAGGGCUUCAGCCGCAUCAACAUCUACCACAACACCGCCAACAACACCUUCCGCGUGGUGGGAGUCAAACUGCAGGACCAGCAGGUGGUCAUUAACUACUCCAUUGUGAAAGGCCUGAAGUACAACCAGGCCACACCCACCUUCCACCAGUGGCGUGAUGCCAGGCAGGUGUACGGACUGAACUUCGCCAGUAAAGAAGAGGCCAUCACCUUCUCCAAUGCCAUGUUGUUCGCCCUCAAUGUGCUGAGCUCCCAAGAUGGAGGUCCACCUGUGCCACGCCAGAACGGGCCCACAGAUGAUGUGGAAGCACAGAGACGGCAGGUGAUGGAGCAGCAGCAGAUGCAGACGCAGGUGGAGAAAGAGCGAAGGUCAUCCAACUCAGGUCCCUCUGGCCUACCUGGACACCCCCCGGUGCUCUCCGUGGCCCCUCCCCUCUGUUUCCCUGCUGCGAUGCCGGCCCCUCUCUCUAUGGGGGGAGGGCCGCUCCCUCCACCUCCGCCUGGCCCGCCUCCACCCUCCGCCGGGCCGCCCCCGCCUCCCCCUCCGUUGCCGGCGAGUGGAGGUUUUGGGAGACAGGCGGAGCAGGCUCUCGCCCCCUCGGGGCUGGCCGCUGCGAUAGCCGGAGCCAAACUGCGCAGGGUGCACAGACCUGAGGAGAGUUCCUCAGCGUCCAGUGCCAAGAAUGAUGGCAACCGAACCAGCGGGGGUUUGAUGGAGGAGAUGAAUGCCCUGCUGGCGAGAAGGCGGAAAGCAACAGAGAAAGAGGAAGAAAGCGCAAAUGAGGACCCCCUCUCGCGUGGGCCAGGACAGCACAAUGCCACAGAUCCUGUGAAGAGGCCAUGGGAUCGAGCCAAUUCUGCAGACAGAGCAAGGGUGAGGCCAGUCGGAAGCAGCAGUGACACAGAUGCCUUAGAUUUUGACAGAAUGAAGCAGGAAAUCUUGGAAGAGGUGGUACGUGAACUACACAAGGUGAAGGAUGAGAUCAUUGUUGCCAUUAGACAAGAACUGAGUAGAAUCAGCACAGCUUAAGUGUUCUACACCACAGAGACAGCAGGAAGUACUGGGAUUCUGACAGGGGGAAGGGGCCCAGCUAACACCUAACAGUAAUGUUUCCUCAGUGUUUCUUAGCAGUGUGGUAAUGCAAUGACCUCAUUGAAACGUUAUGAUAUCUGUGUGUUAGCUGGGUGAGAAGGGAGAUGGAGAAGAGGAUGGAGGGAUGGAGUGAUUGAUGAUAGAGAAGUCUGUUCAUUUUUUCCUCUUUUCUUUGCAAGAGACUGGCCCCUGUGUACACACUGCUGAAGUCUUAAAUUCAGUUUUUAUUAUUUUCUAGUUUUUUUUAUUUUAUCUUGUAUUAUUUAUUUUUAAGCAAGUAUUGCACAUCAUUUUGUCUGCCUUUUAUAUUUUAUAUAGGUCAUUUAUUUCCCUUUGGAUGUAUAAAUUACAGUUGUAAGCACAUGGUUUCUUUCAAUGUUACUUGACCUCAGCAUCAUUUUUAAAGAGUUUUUUUGUUAUUAUUUUGCCAAAACACUGGAAGUUUGAACCUGAGCUAGUGGAAGAAUAAACUUCUGAAACUUUAUUUAAAAAAGGUGGAUACAGCAGAGUAUUUGUGAUCAUGUUGUUAAUAAAAUGUCUAUUGGGUGCAAGGAUAUGGUGAUGUACUGUCUGGUCUUUUUCCCAUUUUUGACAAAAGUGCUUCCUGUUUAAACAAAGACAGAAAGAUAUGAAUGAAAUCCAAAAAGUUUUAAAUUCAUUCAAAUAAAACUGUGAACGACGUCUGA